AUGUUAAACGAAAAAAUCGAUGAUUUAAAAGAAGACGAAAUCAGCUGCGCAUCAUGUUUAAACGGUUUGGAAAAUGAGGAAUUUAUUACAGCACUCGGUCAAAAUUACCACAUCGACUGCUUUAGGUGCUCAGCAUGUGAUUGUUUAAUGUACUAUUCCAAUUUCUACUUCGAGAAAGAUGGAUUAUUAUUUUGUAAAGAUGAUUAUUGGCGGAAGUUUGGUGAAUGUUGUCAGGAGUGUGGGCAGUUGGUGUCGGGGCCGAUAAUGAUAGCUGGUGAUCAUCGAUUCCAUCCUGAGUGCUUCUGUUGUAAAGUGUGUGGAUCUGUGAUUGGUGAUGGCGAUUCCUAUGCACUCAUUGAACGUUCACAAUUAUAUUGUGGAUCUUGUUAUAAAAGACAAAUUCCACCUAGUCAAGUCCAACAUCAAGUACAUCCCGAGCUGAGGUCAACCACCGUUACCAUCAUUAAAAAACCACCACAUUCAAUUCGACUCGUUGAAAUUCCAUGGCGAAGUGAGAAUAAAAAUUCAAUUCGAUUAUCAGUUGAUGAUGAUUCGUCGGGUACUUCAAGUGGCACAAGAUGCAGAGGUGUAAGAAUUUCUGAUUUGUUUUGCUCAAUUUAUGGGCGAUGGGGAAAAUAUUUUUGUUCCAUGGUAGAGCCAACAUUUGCUGACUUAUGUUGUGCUGGUGGGGGUGGUGGAAAUUCGAGAUUGGAUGAAAACCCAGACUUGAUGGCGCUUCAUGUUGGUGACCGUGUUAUUGAUGUUAAUGGGCAUUCAGUUAGUGGAUCAUCAUCAGUCAAAGACAUUCAAAAAAUCAUUGACGACACAGAUCGAAUUUUACAACUCACAAUCGAACACGAACCAAAUACUGUGACAAGAAGGAAUCCAAUUUCAGGUGAACUUGAGUUUCUAACGACUCAAGCGGUGAGUAGAAAUGCUUCGUCGUCGUCAAUUAAUCCAUCAGAAUGCUUGAUGCCACCACCACCACCUAAACUUGAUAAAGCAAGAAUAGCAAUGAGAAUGGAUGAAGGAUACAUGAGUGGAACACCAAAGAAGUUCAAUAAACUUCAACGCGCUCAAAAGCCAACACAAAAACAUCAAAGAAAGUUCAAUUGUCAACAGUCGUCGAAUUCUUUACGUGAUGGAAAAGAAAGAAGCUCAAGUAUGUCGAAGUUGCUGUUGGGACAAAAUGCAGCACCUGAAACACAUCAAAUGUAUGAUCUCUCAAGAACGAAAAGUUUUCGCGUUGAGCCACCGAAUGGCACGCACAAUCAGAGAAUCUUUCGUGCAAGCGACUUGGUUAUUGGGGAGAUGUUGGGUCGUGGAUUCUUCGGUCAAGUUUACAAAGUCACACAUAAAGAAACAAAGGAAGUUAUGGUUCUGAAAGAAUUGUAUCGAUGGGUUGAUGACGAUGCACAAAGAAACUUUUUAAAAGAAGUUGCCGUCCUACGUUCAUUACAUCACAAAAAUGUUCUUCGUUUCAUUGGAGUUUUGUACAAAGAAAAGAAACUUCAUUUGAUAACAGAAUUCAUCAGUGGAGGUACUUUAGCUGAUUUACUUCAUAAUGAAACGAAGCCUGAAGUUCCUUUGACGUGGACGGAGAGAAUUCAUUUUGCACGUGAUAUAAGUAUGGGUAUGAGUUACUUACACUCAAUGAACAUUAUUCAUCGUGAUUUGAACUCUCACAAUUGUUUGGUGCGCGAUGGAAAUGAUAAAACUGUUAUCGUUGCUGACUUUGGAUUAGCAAGACUUUGUCGUCAUAAUCCGAGCGAGGGAGCGAAUGGAACAGUCAUAAAUCGAAAGAGUCAGAAAGAAAGACGAAAACGUUACACUGUCGUUGGUUCGCCAUGGUGGAUGGCACCGGAAAUGCUGAAAGGAAACAAAUAUGAUGAGAAAGUUGACGUGUUUUCAUUUGGAAUUAUUAUGUGUGAGAUUAUUGGACGUGUUCAAGCCGAUCCCGACUAUAUGCCACGAACUGAUGACUUUGGUUUGAAUCAAAUGAAAUUUACGGAAGUUUUUUGCAAGCAAGACGAUCCGUGUCCGGAACUUUUCUAUCAGAUUGCUUUUCAUUGUUGUGAUCUUAACCCGGAUCGAAGGCCAUCAUUUAAAGCACUUGCUGAAUGGUUUGAUCGUCUUGCAAUCCAUGGUGCCAUACUUGGAAGUCAUCAUCAGCCACCAUCUGAUCUCAUGUGGGAAAUUAAGAAUUUCCAUGGUGAAGCAAGUUCAAGUUGCAACACACCGGAAGUGAGUGAGAAAAGUUCAGUUGCACAACCAAGCUUCACGAUUGUACCAUCGAAUGAUGAAACUGAUUCAUCACCAUCUCCUGAGAAAGAGAAAGUGCCUGAAAUAAUAACGCGAACAAUGUCACCACAUCUUGCCAAAGACUUCACUCCAAAUGGUGAUCGAAUUCGCGACAGUUGGCGUGCAAAACGAAAACAAAAGAUUCGCGAGAAUCGUCAGCGUGUGAAGAAAACUUUGGAUAUUCCACCGUCAGACGUUCACAAGAAGCCAGCGAGUGUCAAUAACACGUGAAUGUGUUGUGACGUUGAGUGAGAAGGCGGAAAUGUUAAUCUGUGAUACUUUUAAUAAUUUUAUCUUCUUUUUAUUUUUAUUUUUUGUGUUUAUUAUAACGAACAUGUGAGAAAAGAAAAACUAUUUUGAUUAACUUUCAAAUCUAUCCACAAUAUGAAUAAUCGCAGCGUUUUUCUUCGAAUAUUUUUGCAUUCCACUUAAAACUUUUAUAUUUUGGCUUUGAAAUCGAAAAAC